AUGAUGCAUUCUAUAACUAAAUGGCAUGAGAACUAUGGCCCUAUCAUUUCCGUCCAUUUUGGCCCGCAGAUGGUUAUUAUCCUCGGUUCUCACGACUGCGUUCAUGAUCUUUUGGGAAAACGAGGUGCUCUUUACAGCUCCUGUCCAGAGUACUAUUUUGAGGGUGUGGGAGGCAAUUUCCAUACCGCCGCUCUUCCUUACGGGCGGCAAUGGCGGCGCCAUCGAAGAAUCUAUCGGAGUUUGCAAGAUAUAGAGAGCAAACAACUUCUGAACGGCCUUCUCUCCACUGAUGACUUUUUGCAAAACUAUGAAGUUCGAGAAAUUGAUAGAAUCAUGAAAAAUAUCCUUGAGCAGGUAAAAUUGCCUGCCGUGGCAUUUCCAAUCUUCAAGUGCGUUCCGAUAAUUCUAGCACCAUGGAAGAAGAGAGCUAAACGCCUAUUUAAGGAGCAGCAAACGUUCUUCUCUGCAAACUUAAAGAGGGCUUUAGUCAGAACCCACUGGAGCUGGAGCCAAAAUGUCAUCAAUACAAAACCUGCUAGGGACUGUGGCUUGAACGAGCUUGCCUCUGUAAUUGGUGUUAAUUACGAAGCUGGAAGUGACACCACUGCGUUUGUGCUAGAAGACUUUGUCCUUGCCGGUCUUCUCCAUAAAGAUGCCGUCAGUGACGCACAGGCAGAGGUAGAUGCACUCACUGGUCUUAGGAUGCCCGAAUGGAAAGAUCUCCCUAGCCUACCAUACGUCCACGCUUUUGCCAGUGAGGUUCUGAGGUGGAGACCUGUUGUCCCGGGAGGAUUACACCAUGCAGUGACAGAAACUGAUUGCUAUAUGGGGCACAAGAUUCCCAAAGGCACUAUGAUCAUACUAAACCAUUGGUCGCUGGAGUUUGAUCCAACUUUCUUCCCUGAUUCUGAAAACUUUGAUCCAGAAAGAUGGAUCCAAGGUUCCUAUAUACCGUCUAGUGCCUUUGGAUUUGGUCGACGAACCUGUCCAGGGAAGCAAAUGGCCCAGAAUUCGUUGGCAGUGACGAUUACGCGCAUGUUAUGGACUUUCAACUUUUACCCUGUCCACAACAUGGGAGACAUUUAUUGUUGGAACAUGACGCAAGGAAUCAGCUCGCGGCCGAGCCCAUUUCGGGUCUCCCUGCGUCCCCGCAGUGAAGAACAUCGAGAAGUCAUUUGGCAUCAGUGGAAGACCUCUGGGUCAUGGUCCAAUCAGGACCGCCAACCGGAAUCCCCAGCACGCCCCCUAUUCCGGCCGGAAAAUAAGGCCUAA